CACAGCGCCACCGCUCGCUCUAGUCACGAAAGUUGCAAAGAUGCCUUGGACGACGGCUAACUAGCAAGCGCAUAAUUUGUCCGCAAUAAAUAGUAUUAAAAUUUAACGUUCGGUUCGAAUGUGGAUCACCAUUCGAAAUCUCCCGUUGAACUGGCAUGGGGAUGAAAAAGGAAAUGGCCCAUGAAGACUGUUGGCUACUGAGAGAGUGGCUGCUCCACCCGGGACAUCACCAGGGGCUGGAGCUCAGAUAACACCUCCAAACUGGCCAGUGUUUUAAUAUCUUGGGGCACCUUGUGCUGCUUAAUCUAGCCACUGAUCCAAGUUGCUGCAUCUGAGAUGCUGUUAGAUGAGCCAUGAUCCCCAUCACUGAGCUGCGGUACUUCGUGGACACACAGCCAGCAUACCGCAUCCUGAAACCAUGGUGGGAUGUGUUCACCGACUACAUCUCCAUUGUUAUGCUCAUGAUUUCUGUGUUUGGCGGCACACUUCAGAUCACCCAGGACAAGAUGAUCUGCCUUCCCUGCAAAUGGAUCGUCAAUGAAACCUGUAAAAAGAACUUAAGCUCCACCCUGUCCACAUCCUUCCUACUGGAGCCUAAAGGGAUCCAGUACAAUCUGGACCGCCAUCAGUACAAUUACGUUGAUGCAGUGUGCUAUGAAAAUAAGUUACACUGGUUCGCCAAGUACUUCCCCUACUUGGUAUUACUCCACACUCUUAUUUUUCUAGCCUGUAGCAACUUUUGGUUUAAAUUUCCUCGGACUAGCUCCAAACUAGAACACUUUGUAUCCAUCUUGCUUAAAUGUUUUGACUCUCCAUGGACAACCAGGGCACUGUCAGAGACGGUGGUCGAAGAAAGCGAUCCCAAACCAAUGAAGAUGAAUGGAUCGUUUGACCACAAGGAGUCUGUGAUAAGUGAGGAUGUUGAAGCAAGCGUUCCAAUGAUUCAGAAAACAAAGACGCGUUUUGAGCAAGGCAUCGUUGAUAGAACUGAAACGGGGGUUUUGGACAAGAAAGAAGGAGAACAGGCAAAAGCCCUGUUUGAAAAAGUAAAAAAGUUCCGUAUCCACGUGGAAGAAGGAGACAUUGUGUACAGAUUAUACAUCCGUCAGACUAUCAUCAAAGUAAUCAAGUUUAUUUUAAUAAUCUGCUACACGGGGUAUUACGUUCAAGACAUUCAGUUUAAUGUGGACUGCUCUGUGAAUAUAGAAAACCUGACUGGUUACAGAGUGUACCACUGUGCUCAUCCACUGGCGACACUUUUUAAAAUCUUGGCGUGUUUCUACAUUUGCUUAGUGGUCGUGUAUGGACUAAUCUGCAUGUACACACUCUGCUGGAUGCUGCGGCGCUCUCUGAAGAAGUACUCCUUCGAAUCUAUCAGGGAAGAGAGCAGUUACAGCGACAUACCUGACGUGAAGAAUGACUUUGCAUUUAUGUUGCACAUGAUAGACCAGUAUGAUCCUCUGUACUCCAAACGUUUCGCUGUGUUCCUCUCAGAAGUCAGUGAAAAUAAGCUGAGACAGCUCAACCUGAACAAUGAGUGGACACUUGACAAGCUCAGGCAGAGGAUAACCAAGAACUCUCAGGAGAAGUUGGAGUUGCACCUUUUCAUGCUGAGCGGCAUUCCAGAUACAGUGUUCGAUCUGAUGGAGUUGGAGGUUCUCAAAUUGGAGCUUAUCCCAGAUGUUACCAUCCCACCAAUCAUUGCGCAACUCGUCAACCUCAGAGAGAUGUGGCUCUAUCACACUCCGGCCAAAAUCGAAGCUCCCGCCUUGGCUUUUUUGCGAGAGAACCUCAAGUCUCUUCACAUCAAGUUCACCGACAUUAAAGAAAUUCCUUUAUGGAUUUACAGUUUAAAGAACCUCAGUGAGCUUCAUCUCACAGGGAACCUGAGUGCUGAGAAUAACCGUUAUAUUGUCAUCGAUGGGCUCCGUGAGCUCAAGAGGCUCAAAGUUCUCCGCCUGAAGAGCAACCUCACCAAGCUACCUCAAGUUGUGACUGACGUGGGUUUACACCUCCAGAAGCUCUCUAUCAACAAUGAAGGCACCAAGCUGAUGGUGCUGAACAGCCUGAAGAAGAUGGUGAACCUCACCGAGCUGGAACUCAUUCGCUGUGACCUGGAGCGCAUCCCCCACUCCAUCUUCAGUUUGCACAACCUACAGGAAAUUGAUUUGAAGGACAACAACCUAAAGACCAUUGAGGAAAUAAUCAGCUUCCAGCACCUUCAUCGGCUGGUGUGCUUAAAGCUCUGGUACAACCAGAUUGCCUACAUUCCCAUUCAGAUUGGCACUCUGACCAACUUGGAAAAGCUGCAUCUGAACAGAAACAAGAUUGAAAAGAUUCCCAGCCAAUUGUUUUAUUGCCGGAAGCUACGAGUCUUGGACUUGAGCCACAACAACUUGACUUGCAUUCCAACAGAUAUUGGUUACCUUCAGAAUCUACAGUACAUGGCAGUGACAGCCAACCGGAUCGAGACACUGCCAAAUGAGCUGUUCCAGUGCAAAAAGCUUCGCACCUUGAACCUGGGGAACAACUGCCUCCAGUCCCUUCCAUCACGCUUUGGAGAGCUGACCGCACUGACUCAGCUGGAGCUCAGAGGAAACCGUCUGGAGUGUUUGCCCGUGGAGCUGGGAGAGUGCAGACUGCUGAAGAGAAGCGGUCUUGUGGUCGAAGAGGACCUCUUCAACACGCUGCCCACCGAGGCUAAGGAGCAGUUGUGGAAAACUGACAAAGAACAAGCAUGAACUCGUUUGUGAGGAAACCAAACGAUACUGUGCGCUUUGGUCAGGAUACAGAGUGGAAGCCCAUGGUGUCCCUGAGGCACAAAGAAACAGGAUGUGCUCUCGCUUCAGUGUACUGCCAGUAAAGUUAGGUAUUAAACCAGUGCCAGUUUAGCAGACCAAAUGCUGACUCUGGCAUCUGCUGCUUGUUUUUUAUUUCUCUUUUGUAAAACUUCCGAGGCUAGUGCCAUUAUGAUCUUGAUCUUUUGUUUACAGUAUCAUUUUGUGGUAUUAAUGGUUUAGAGGAAAAAAAUGUAAAAGAAAACUACUGGCCAACUGAGCAUAUGUGGACUGCUCUGAAUUCCAAAAUAGGUUCCUAUUUAUAUAUAUAUUUUUAAAAUAUGUUUACUCUUGGGGGUUUAUGUGAACAACUAAAGUUAAAUUGCCAACCUUACAAAGUAAACACUUGGUGUAGCAGCGUAUCGCUUGUACAACACUAAUGUUAACCUAAUUACGACAUGGAUCAAAGUGUUUCUGCUCUGCACUGUCGGCCGUGGUUCUCAGAUACCUGUGCUGGCUUGGUUGGUAAAGUCUUGAAAAUAUGACAUGAAACACAUUAGAGGUAACUGAAAGUGCUGUAGUCAAAGAUAUAAAGUUGCCUUUAGGGAAAUUGUGGUGGCAUUAGUGCAGCAAAAUUACUGUGCAUGGAUUGAGGUUUGAAAAUAAUUUGGAUUUUUGACCUCAUUCUGAAGCUAUUUGUGUUCUCAUCCUCAAGUUUAAGGAUAAAUCUUUCCACAAAAUGCUACUUAAAUGGGCAUCAUUAGGGAAUGUUUUGUACAACUUAGACUCAGGGCGUGUUGGGGUUUUUUUAGGUGGAGUGGAUCAAAUUCUGUUCGGUGUGCUGUGUUUGUAUUUUAAAAAGAAAAGAAAAUUAAAAUGCAAGUAGGUUUUGAACAAAAAUUGUUUAAAAACUUGUGACUUUUGAAGUUGGAUUUAGUGGAGAGAAUGAGAACAUUUUGUAACUUACUUGCUCAAGAUGCUGAUAACAUUUUAGAGAAGAAGCUUGGAUUAUUUAAUUGGGGUGACUUGUGUCCAGUAGGAAGAGUAGUUGUCUUGUAAUCCGAAAGUUGUGGGUUGAAUUCCAGGAUCUUAGAUGUGCCCAUGGGCAACACACUUAACCACAAACACUUUGAGUAGUAGGGUAUAACUUGAAAAGCACUGCAUAAAUUCAGUCCAUUUACAGUUAAGCUAACAUCCAUCAGGGCUGGGCCGAGAAAACAUUUUGGGAAGAUAAAUACUUUUUAGCAGUCUAUAAUGAUAUUUUAACCUUUGCACAUUGUCACUUUUGUGAAAAACGUCCUUUACAUAAAAAGCCAUGGUAAGUGGCCAGGUUUUUUUGUGACCUGUUGCCAGUUGCAUUGUUUGUGAAACAUAUUGCAAACUAGUUCUGUGGAUCAAGAUUUCUAUUUAAAUAGCAUUUUAAUGCAAAGAAGGGCAGAGUGUAAUUUCUAAAUUUGAGUUUGUAUAAAUUAUUAACAUUGCCGUUUUAAACAGAAAUAGGCUUUGACUUUUCGACUUUGACUAGCCAUUGGCUUACUGCGUAGAUCAAACAUAUAUUUAAAUUCUAGUUAUUCAGACAAUAUCUGACCAUUGGUUGAGAGAUUUUUUUUUUUUUUAAAAACCACUGAGUUGGUUAAUUUAUUUUAAGGAAACAAAAAAUUAAGAUUAGAUUUAUCUGCUUGAAAAACUGAGUUGUUACAAUACAUAGCUUAUCACGUCACUCAAAUCUGUUUAAAGUUCCUGAUAUGAACUUCAUAUCUUUUGUAACAUAUAAUAUGUUUCCCCUUGGAUAAUCCUGACCAACCUCAUGAAGUAAAUGCAGUUUUGCACAGAUUUAGUGAAACUGACAUUUUUAAAUGAAAUGUUUGAAGAGAUGAUAUUACCAUUAGAACACUGAAGUCAGCUAAUAGGAUGAUUUUUACUUUUUUUACCCAUGCAAAUUUCUCAUGAUUUGAAAUUAAAUUAAAGCCAAUUAAACAUUACAUUUUAUUAAUUAAAAGCAGAGAAAGAAAAACAUGACUUCAAAUUAAUUAAUAAAGAAAUCAUAGAAUUAGCUGUAUUAACAGUGUUAUGUGGUAUUUAAGUAUCUACACUGUAACAUAUGCAUGGUAUAAUCAAGAGUAAAAUGCUAUGGGUUAAUAUUAUCAUGUAUUAAUACAGACUUUUAAAUAAAAAGUUCUCCGCAUGAUUGCUUUUAUUUAAAACUGUCCUCCAGACGGUUUGAGGUUUGCAUGAAAGACUUACCUUAGUAAGAGUAAUUGGGGCUCUUCUUUAGUCCCCACAUGUUGACCUCGACUGUUGUGUUUUUUGUGGCCAUUAAUAUUUGAGAACAGUCCAUUUUUUUUCUGCAAGCAUUAAAAAAUGUAGGAGCAAUCUAUCAUCCAGUUGGAGAAAAACUGCAAUCACUUUUAUAUUCACUAGCAUAAAUGACUUACGGUAGAUGACUGCUCCUUGGACUGACUCUUGAAAGCUUUUCUGUACCUUGAUACCGUCACACAGGCCCAGUCCUAAUUCAUACAGAUAGAAUUAGGACAGAUAGAAAUUUUGUUUUAUGUCAUCCUUUAGUCCAAAUAUUUAUUUUUAGUCACCACCACUCCAUUUAAUUUCUUAUAGAAGGGGAUACUCCUGCUCGUUGUGUUGCUCUUCUGUGUAACUCGUGUCGUUUUUACUCAUUCAACAAUAACUACAUUUGGCACCAGUAGUUACUUUUGCAGCUAAACUAGACAUUUCCUAAUAUUGCAUUCUUGCUUUGUUACAAUACCGGUCAUAACUUUAUUUUCAUAUAAGCUAACAAGUAAAGGUUUGGAAAUCUAACUUGAGCUUGUUGACCUAAAAUGUGCAAAAUUCAUUUAUUCACUUUUUUUUUUGUCACAUGGAUCUCAUGUUUAUAUACCCAAUUAUGUUUUAAUUUAAAGUUGUUUUUUUUUCUCAACUGUUGCAAGUGUUCAAAAUGAAGUAAAAGUGUUUUAUUUUAUGUUUGAAGGUCACUUUCCUAGGAUUUCUAAUAUUAAAACAAGAAAAAAGCCUUCGUUGUUAUUAGUUUCAUAAAGUGAUGCAGUCAGGGAAGACUGUUUUUCUUCCCUGAAUAAAAGUGUGAAAAAACACUCAGACAAGUGGCAGUCUUCACUAUUUUAACUCUGCUGAAAAGUAUGAAACAUAUUUUAAGCAACGUGCAUCUAAUUCAGUAGCAUGUGUAGUUAUGAUAAAUUGUGCAAUAUUGCCUUCAUUUAAACAAAAUGUGGGUUUUACAGGUUUGGGGGCAUCAGCAUCCUUUUUGAUGCACUGUUUUUUUUUACUACAGGGAUUUGAAGUAUUGUAGGUGAAGUAGGUCAUUUAAAAUUAUGUUUUUCUGGAGAAUGCUUUUGCACUCUAGCACCUUUUCCCACAAUGUUACAUUUUGCAAAUGCAAUAAUGGCACAAAACUAACAUACGAGAUGUAUUGUUUGUGUUGUUUGUCUUGCUCUUGGGUGAUUGCAUACCAUGAAAACAAAGUGUGUAAAUUAGGAUUCAUUAUCUUUAAAACGUGCGCUUCUGUAAGGUAUGUCCAAAACCUGUUGGACAUAGUCCUCUUACUAAGACAAUCAACAUUUUUGACCAAGUGUAAAAUAAAAAGUGAAGUUGUAGUGAGUAAACAUUUCCCAUAGUUUGCUUGGAUAGUUAUUUGUGUAUAGACUGUGUUUGUCUCAUUCUUUUUUUAAACUUUUUGUAACUUUUCUUCUAUUAUGUCAGAUAUUAUGUUGAAAUAGUUUCUCAGGAAUCCAGCUAGAACUCUUCUUUUUUCUAUUGGUUGCCUAUUGUUUUUUGUUUUGUUUGUUUUUUGUAAUACACAUGAUUUUUGUUUAGAUCUAAACUGCUAGGAGCAUUUUGUGUGCUGUUUUCAUUAUUUUUUAAAGAUGUCUUGAAAAAAUAAAACCCUUGGCUUAAUAAUGAACUAAAUUUUUACCAUUGAUCAUGUAUAAACUAGCUACUUUUAGAUGUGUUAUAUUACAAAGGACAAGUCUGUGUGUUUGAAUUAUAGGGCUUUCUUCAUGCUGUCAUUCAUGAUAGUUUUUUUGGUUUUUUGUGGGUACAAAAAUCAUCAUCAGUGUUUCUCUUUUCCAAUAAAAUGUGCUCAUUCAGUUUUGUUGAGUAACUUUUUGUUGCCAAAACAUGAAGAAAAAAAAGAAUCCUAAGUAUUUUUGCAGCACUAUCAUUAUUCAUGCUAUAGUGUUUUGCUGUCUUAUUUACAUCUGCUUCUCGUUUGCCUGUGUACCACCCAGAACAGCAAAAUAAACUAGGUUGAAAAGAA